CAUCGCCACCGCCGUUUAUUGGGUUUCCUUGCCAUGGUUCUCCCGCACCGCUCGGGCUCCGUUACCUUCAGACUCUCCGUCGGCUCCUCUCCGCCUCGCAGCCGUCCUCGGCCCCGCCGGUGAAGUUGAAAUCUCUGCUACAGAUGUCCAGACACAAUUCUUGGUUCGUACGGCUCCAGCGCACAAGAAUUGCGUUUGGACAAUCAGGAGCAGAGAUUCCCGGCCCGGACUCGCGGGAUCCGCAGGGAGAAAUUCGGUCCGAUCCUGGAAGAGAAGCUCACGGCGGCCCCGACCCGGCACCGCUCUGCGGCUCCGCCAACUUUGGGGCUCGGCCGCGGCGCUCCGCAUCCACCGGCACCAUCCAACGGCACCGAGACGGGAUUCAAUCCGAGAACUCGUUUCUAACCGGCCUAAAAAAAAAUAAUAAAAAUAAAUGUAAAAAAAAAAAAGGUAAAAAAGGGGGGAAAAAAAAGAGAAAAAGAAAAAAAAAUAAAUCAGCCUUUAAAAAAAAUCUUAAACCGACAUCAAGAGAAAAAGAAAUGAUAGUGAUACUAAAAGAGCAGCAAACGAAAAGCAGCGGUGUAAACCCGCCCGGAGCGGCCGCUCUGCAGCGGGGCGCGGGGUCGGUGCUGCCGAUGGGGCGCGGUGCCCCCGGGUUUGUGCGGGGAUCCCGAUGGCUGCGGGCACGCACCGACCCCCCCAUCCUCAUCCUCAUCCUCAUCCUCAUCCUCAUCCUCAUCCUCAUCCUCAUCCCCCGACCCCGGUCCCGUUCCGCCGCCGCCGCCGCUUCGGAGAGAGAAUCGGCCGCUCGGAACCGCGUCGCCCGCAGGAUUCGGGCACUUCGAACAUCGCCGAAAUUGACGGAUUGAACAAACGGGGACGGAGCGAAACGCGAAAUAAAAAUUCAAAAUAAUAAUAAUUAAAA